ACGUUCAUCACGGAAGAGACCUAGGAAAAGGUUUAGAUGAAACUAGUACACAAAGUGAUUUAGUGAAUAUUGUAGUAGAUUGUUUAUGUAUUUUACAACGUGUUUGGUGUAGGAAUAGACAUGUAGCUGAAUAUCAGCUGUGUUUACUGUACUGUAGAUUAAAUUUCAACUUUAAAGAGUUAAACCACGACUACAAAUGGCCAAUCUACAGAAAGCGAUAGACCUGGCCACCAGAGCUGCUGAGGAGGACAAGGCAAAGAACUAUGAGGAAGCUCUUCGUCUGUACCAGCACUCAGUUCAGUACUUUCUACAUGUGGUGAAGUAUGAAGCUCAGGGGGACAAGGCAAAGCAGAGCAUCCGGGCUAAGUGUGCAGAUUACUUGGACAGAGCAGAGCAGCUGAAGGAGUACCUGAAGAAGAAAGAGAAAGCACCUCCCUCCAAGCCUGUGAAAGUGUCUGAUGAUAAAGGGAAUGAAAGUGAUGAUGGCGAGAACUCAGAGAAAAAGAAACUACAGGGUCAGCUUCAAGGAGCCAUCGUCAUGGAGAAGCCGAAUGUUAAAUGGAAUGACGUUGCUGGCUUGGAAGGAGCUAAAGAGGCGUUGAAAGAGGCGGUGAUCCUGCCAAUCAAAUUCCCACACCUUUUCACAGGUAAAAGGACUCCAUGGAGGGGGAUUCUGCUUUUUGGCCCUCCAGGAACAGGAAAGUCCUACUUGGCAAAAGCAGUGGCUACUGAGGCCAAUAACUCCACCUUCUUCUCAAUCUCCUCCUCUGAUCUGGUGUCUAAGUGGCUGGGUGAGAGUGAGAGGUUAGUGAAGAACCUCUUCAGCAUGGCACGGCAACACAAACCCUCUAUCAUCUUCAUUGAUGAGAUUGACUCCCUGUGCGGAUCCAGGAGUGAUAACGAAAGUGAAGCAGCUCGCAGGAUCAAGACUGAAUUUCUGGUUCAGAUGCAAGGUGUAGGUAAUGAUAAUGAGGGAAUUCUGGUGCUUGGAGCAACUAAUAUCCCUUGGACUUUAGAUUCUGCAAUCAGGAGAAGGUUUGAGAAGCGUAUCUACAUCCCACUUCCUGAGGAACACGCUCGAUCCUUCAUGUUCAAGCUUAACCUUGGCACCACCCCCAGCAGCCUCACUGAUGAGGACUUUCACACCCUGGGGAAGAAGACUGAGGGCUACUCUGGUGCAGACAUCAGCAUCAUUGUUAGGGAUGCUCUUAUGCAGCCCAUACGCAAAGUCCAGUCUGCCACACACUUUAAAAAGGUCAGAGGAAAGACAUGGAACAACCCUGAUGCAGUCGUAGAUGACCUUUUGACCCCAUGCUCUCCAGGUGACCCAAAUGCCAUUGAGAUGACCUGGGUAGACGUUCCAGGAGACAAACUGCUGGAGCCUAUUGUCUGCAUGGCGGACAUGCAGAGAUCACUGGACAAGACCAAGCCCACUGUAAAUGAGGAAGACUUGGAGAAGCUGAAAAAGUUUACUGAGGACUUUGGCCAGGAAGGCUAACUCCAACCUGAGCCUAACAUCCAAAAACCUUUUACUCUAUUUGUUUCACAUUUUAAUUGUUCUACAUAUGUUUACCUCAUGUGGCAUCUGAGCCAUUUAAAUCCUCCUCUUUUGAUAUACAUAAUUUGUAAUGAAAUGUCUAUGUAUGAUAUUGGGUGUUUGAUGAACUGACACUGGUUAUUUAUUGAAUAAGGUUGUUAUUAUAUGGGAAUAUUGAGCUUGGCAGCAUUUUAAGGGGAUUUUCCUCAGCCUUAGGGUGCCUAGAAAGAGGCACCAGGAUACAACUUUUUCCUGAACAUUAAAAUAAUCAACAGUUGAUGUACAGUAAAUGGCCUUUCUGACUGUCAGAUGUUCUGUGUUUUAUACAUUUUUGUGUGUUCAGUAUCACAGUGGGUGUAUAUACUGCACAUCUGUUCUCCUGUCUAAGUAGACGUCUUGCCAACUAUUUAACAUCCUAUUAUGGAAUAAUGGACAUAUGUUCAUACUUUUUACAGUACUGAGGGGUUUCUUUAAAAUAAUGCAUAAAGCAGUAAAAUCUUUUAGGAAGUUUGUCAGAUUUUUUCUUCUUCUUCUGUUGAUUUAAAUGUUGUUUGAAUGAACAGAAUUGUUAUCAACAGGAUAAUAUUAUGCUCAACAGUUUGUGGCAGUUUUGUGUCAUCCCCCUUAUGAAACAAAACACUGUUGACUUUUGUUAGGUACUGACUUUUGCAUAUCAGGAACAUCCCACAAGACCAGCCUGAUGAUAUUACAUUUUGUCUCAGAUUUUUAAGCUUGCCCAUUUCUAUGUUUCAACACAUCAACUUCAGGAACUCAAUGUUCACUUGCUGCCUAACACCUAGAUCCUACCUACUGACACGUCCCAUUGGAACCAGAUCAUCCUUUUUGUGAACUUUAAUUUAUUAUCUUAUCUUUUUUAUUAACAUAGCUGAAAAAUGUACACUUUGCAUUUGGACAGAUGUUCGCUUCACCAGAAUUAAUAUUUUUUGUUUACACAAAUAUUUAAGCAUCUUUAGAUCUUCAAAUUUAACUUCCAGUAUAACCCUAUUGCAAGAGCAACAAAACUCUGAAAGCUCCCCCCAAACCUAUAUGGCCUGUUUAAUUUAAAAGCAGUUUGUUUUGGCAUAUGUUCACCUCUGACUUCGUUCAUUCAGUUACAGAGUUGUCAGACCUGGUCACACUGUCAAAUUCAAGUUCUAGUUAUCCCGCUUCCAUAUUCUGACACAUUACACAUACGUUUCAGAUGAGUUUUUGUCACAAGAAACAAUAGAUUAUCUGCAAAAAUAGAUCAGAGCAUUGUACAUAAAGUUUGAGAUAUCUGAUCCAUUAAAGCCAUUUAACUCAGGUUAAAAUCUCUUCCAUUGCCUAGGUGUAUAAAACCAAGCAAAACGCAAGCAGACUGCUUUUACAAACAUCAGUAAAGAAUGGGUCCCAGGGCAAGUUGGGGCAUGCCCAGUGUGGAGCAAGUGGCUUGGUCUAUCUUAAGGGAGACUUUACAUAUUUUCUUUCCUUUUUUUGUUAUAUCUGCAGCUCUAGAAAAAAAAUGAGACCACUUUAAAAUUAUGAGUUUCUUUGAUUUUACUAAAUUGAAAACCUCUGGCCAUCAAACCAAGCUGAAGUGGCAUAAAGUUAUCCAAAAGUGUGAAGUUUCCACAAUCAGUGAUGGUUUGGAGAGACAUGUCAUCUGCUGGUGUUGAUCCACUGUGUUUUAUCAAGUCUAAAGUCAGUGCAGUGCUUUCCCAGAAAAUCUUACAGCACUUCAUUCUUCCCUCUGCUGACAACUUUUAUUGAGACCAUAAACAAUAAAACCAUCAACAAUAAAACAAACACUAACAAUAGAUGGCUCUGUAACACAUCUAUAUAAUUUGAGUUCCAAUAUAAUUUUUAACUGAAUUACUGAAAUAAAGUAAAGUUUAAAUGAUAUUCUAAUUUGAGAUGAAAUUGAGAUGCACUAGUAUAUAAACUUUUAUUUUUAUUUUGAAAUAUUUAUUCAUGAUUUUCUACUGGCUCCUACAUUUUUAGUCUUAUAUUUUUCCUCCAAGCACCAAUAAACAUUCUAAAGGUU